UAAAGUCCAGCCACUUCUCUGGUGGAGAAAAGAGAAAUACAUUUUGGCACAAAAAAAAAAAGGUGAAGAAGAGGACAUGCUGGGGCAACAAGGGCACUGUCACAUGACUUUCUCACAGGUAGGUGACUUACUCGCUAUAUAACAGGAGCUUUGUUGUAUGCGUGGGAAUCUAGUUGGCUUGUGAUCACCUCUGAUGAUUCACGAAUAACAUGUUGCUCUUUAAGGACAGCAGGAAAGCAAGUUGAUACUGAUCCACAUUUGUUUUGGAUGAAAUAAUUCAGCUGAUCUGGCUUGUGUAUGUUUGUGGAGUUCAAGCCAAAAUCGAUGAAAAGAUGUCUGCCUUCUCUCGAAUAUAAUGGAACUAUAUGGCACUCGGCUUGUUGUGCUCAAAGCGCCACAAAAAUACAACUCAACAGCAACUUCUCUUUCCAGAAAUGCAGACACGGUUACUCAAGACAUUCCACAGACCUUACUGUGAGCAGUUUAAUGUAGGAAGUCUUUACUUUCCACCAAAAUACACAAUGAAUAGUGUGCAUCAAUUGGAGAGACUUGUGACAAACAUUAGUAGUGUCUUCCUUGGCUGAGCUGUAGCAUCAGCUAGCUCAGGUGAGCUCAAGGAGAGCCUCUCGUCCAUGAGUAGAUGCACGCUUCCUUAUAUGGUUAGUGGUUGAAGUUCUGUAGAAAGAAAAUAUUCCCUAGUUGUGACUGCUCAUGACAAGGCCUGCGGAUUAUCUUGACUAACCCGGGUCAUGAUUUCUGGAAGGAGACAUGACUUGAGUAUUUCAAAUGUAUUUUCUUGGCGCUUCGAGCACCAUCUAUUUCCAUUAUAUUCACGAGAAGGCAGACAUCUCUACGGCCAAUAUGUCCAACACUCGGGAACUCAAACUAAAAUAAUAUAGAUUGAUAAAUAGUACAACAGGUAAGAGGAAAAAUAUGUAUUUCUUUAUUUUGGGGUAAACUGUCCCUUGAAGUUUGCCAAGCCGGACCUCUGUUCAGCAUCCAUUAAAAUUACUUUUAAUGACACAUCCUUGAAUCAACAAUAUUUUAUUCCCAGCAGAACUUAGUUUAAGGGGUUGGUUAGGCUAAAGUAGAGAAAUCUUCCGCCAACUCAAACAUACACACAGGUCCAAUCUAUCCUCCAGACUCUAACUCGGUCACCAGUUGGACGUUUGACGUCAUUCCCACCAGCGGCUCUGUCCAAAGGUCCCUGUGGACACAAACUAACUUCUCAUAUCCCGUAACACAACAUUCUUCUCCAGGUCCUGGCUGUGAGUGGGUAGGCCUUAUACAUUCCUCUUGUGGCUUUUGCACUGCUUUGUCUUUCGCUUUCCUUCUCCCUCUCUCGUUCUCGUCUUCCUCCCUCUGUUUCUUAUGCUUGUCUCAGACAUUCCAGAUGUGGGCUAGCCUGGCUCUGUUGCUGUUAUUCUCUACCUCUGCCUACAAACGAUAACAUCGACCACAGUUGUACAGUAUCACUGCUGGCCGUGUCCUUCCCUGCUUGCCUAUUUUCCAUUUGACAAGACAGACGUUAUGACAGCCACUGCUGCGCUGCGGAUCUCAACCCUUCAGGAUAUUGAGAUUACACUGACAUUGUGGCUUGAUUGUUUUUUGGAUAAGCUUUUGAGGAAGCAGACAGUCCAGGGAUAAGACAGACCAGGCUGGGUGGAUUCUUGAUCCUCAAGCGGAAAUAUUUCAAGUAUUUGUCUGCUGCAGAUUUGUUUCACCGUUAGAAGGUAGUCGGCUAAAGACAACUGAAUGCGAGGUCUUUGCCUCAAACAGUUUGGGAAAAGUGUCUCUUUUGUUUUACUUGUGGAUUACAACAUCAUCAACAACUGUUGCAUAUCCUUAAAAGAUUAUUGUUGUCACUUGCAACAUUUCCAGCAGGGAGGAAAAGCUACAUUUUUCUCUGCCCUUCGCUUUGUCCACGUGUUGUUUAUUGUGUUGUCUGGCCUUGCACUGAUUUCAGGUAAAAGUUACAUCACUGCCAUCUGGAAAUGAUUUCCACAAAAAAAGAACCUAAGUGAUGUUCAGUCAGAGAACAUGUUUGAUCAUGUAGCGGCUGUGCCUGGCCCCCAUCCAGAUCUCAUUCCCUGCUGGUUUCAUCAUUUCAUGAAAAAAAAAAAAGAAAAGAAAAAGUGCUUUAAAAGGUUGCCAGAGAGAAACAGAGACACAGAUAGAGGGAGAAAGUGAAUGAGGGAGGGAAUCACAUCAUGAAGGCCGCGUUGUCCUCUUGUUGUUUUCUCAGACACAGUCCAGGUGACAUGAACAGUGAACACGCUGGAUCUCCUCUGUCGUUGCAGACACAGGGACAUCACUCUGCUUCGUACAAACCUCAAAAUCUCUGUAUGAUGUCUGAGGGAAACGUCACAGUGCUGCCAUUCGGACCUGCGUCUCUGGACCUGUCCAGGCAGGAGCCGCGGACACUGACCAGACUGUACAGCCAGAACGGAGGAUAUCACCUGAGGAUUUUAUCAGAUGGAAGUGUGAGUGGUGGCAGGCAGGACAACGACCCCUAUGAAAUGCUGAGGCUGAAGGCUACGAGCGUAGGAGUGGUGGUCAUCAAGGGCGAGAUGACAGCAAGGUACCUGGCUAUGAACAAAAAUGGACGCCUCUACGGAUCACAAGCGCUGAACGAUGAGUGUUACUUCCUGGAGAAGUAUGAAGAAAACCACUACAACACAUAUUGCUCUCAGAAGUACAAGUGGUAUGUUGGGCUGAAGAGGAACGGCCAACCCAAAGCCGGACCAGACACCCACCAGGGUCAGAAGGCCAUCUUUUUCCUGCCAAGGCCUGCGGGCAACAUGUAAAGCAAGACGGCACCAGGAACCGCGGACACGCUCACUGAAGUCUUUAAAUAUACAUUUUACACCGGGCAAAGUAUCCCAUUCAAAGGUCACUUAAAAUCAGUUCAAUAGGGCGGUGAAGCCUGAGGCAAACACAUAAUACUGGGGGGGGGAGUUUUACGGUUAGUUCAAUUAAAUGUAAAUAUCCUACAGGUUUGUUCAUUCCUCUGCAGAUUCCUUACAGCUUAUACUGUAUAUGAUCAUGGAUAUGAAGGAUAUAUCCAGAAUACUUUCUGCCUAUAAGCACAUUAACACCCUCUCACUGCAGACAGAAAAUAUGUGCGCUAUCAGUGCAUGUCAGCCUUGAUAAAUGUGUGUUCACUUUGAACCCUAGUAUGAAAUACCGCUGCUGGAAGACAGCACCGGGCCGCUUUUUACACAGAAAUAGUUUUACAAUUGAUCACGUCUGGCACAAAGGGAAACAAACAAGGCAGUAAACAUAAAAGAGCCGACCAUCUGGCGUUGGAUUCAAACUCAAGCUGACAAAGUCUACAGUGAAAGGAAGAAUAGAAGUAAGAGAAGUGUUUCACUGCCUUGCUUAAUGGCACUUCAGUCGGGUGGAUGCUGGCUGACUUCUGAAUAGCUGGCACUCUUACUAACUAUUUUAAUCAGCUCAAGCUGGUUUGAUGCUCGUUUCUUUGACCACUUGUGUUUUAUGUGGAAUGUCAGCAAUUGUAAAAGGUAAAGGUAAAAGGUUAUGAAAGCAGACAAAACAUGAAAAUGAAAAAUUGAAAAAACAAAACACCACCCUUUGUUUAUGAUAAGAUCAGCCGGCUAAACAGUGAAACAUUUGUAUGAUUGUAUAGUUAUAUUGUUAUUAUGUGCUUAGGUCAGCUGGUAGUCUUCAAGGCAGAUGGGAAAACUUUGUUUCAGUAAUCAGUUAACUUAUUAUUGAGUUGUAUGUUUAUUAAAAGGUGGAACAAAAGAAGAAUUUAACGUAUUGAUGACACCAAAUGUUAAAGUGUGGAUGUUUUGAGGCAGGACGGACCAAAUAUUGACCACAAAUGUCACAGAAAUGAUUCUUUCUGUAACCUUUAUUUUUUGAAACACAUGUUGCUGUAACAUUAUACUAGGUUAAAUUACUUUUGUGAAUAUUUAUUUAUAAAGUUUUAUUACUAAUACAAUUUAAUUUUGCUGAACGCUGUAACAAACAUUUUCAAAAUAAUAAUUUAUACAAACAUAAUGAAGACGCGAAAAGGUAAUGUGAUCACCUUUUUACAAAGUAAUACAUAUUGUAUUAAAUGUAUGAAAUGAAUUCUGCAUUAUCAUCAAUAAAACAAUAAACAGUAAGUUUGA